UUGUAGCCAAUUACAACCCACAGUUGAAUAUGAAUGCAUAAAUAAGGCGUAGCUUGUGUCUAAGUUUUGGCUACGACUGACCGAGGGUGGGAGGUGGCGCGAGAGCGAGGUGUGCGUGCAUGACAUAAACGUUGGAGGGUCCUGAGGGGAUGGUUCAAACCCCAAAAAGUAGUUGAGCAAGGGAGACCAACAUCCAACAGUCAACCAUCACCUCCUGGCUGUCAGCCGUGAGUAACAAAGACCAGAGUAGUGCAGCUGUAGAGGGGGUCUGUCUGGCAACGCAAGCUGUGCAGGAAUAUUGCACCAGACAUUAUAGCCUACUUUUCUCAAAUUGCAUGCGCUAGUAUGUCUUCUUCGGUUGUAAGAGAAGCUUAAGUUGAUUGUCUUGGUGCUAAAGCUCUGAUAGGGAAGUCAUGAACAGGGAAAAGGUUCAGGUGGGAGACGUCUCAGUUGCUGCUCCGCCGGCGUCCGGUGUGACUGCCCAAACAGCUGUGAUCGUCGUGGCCGCUCCGGAAAGCAUGGACAAUCACGGCGAGAAGCGGCUCUCUGCCAACGCACUGUCGGUGUUUUCCUGCCCCGGGGGUAGAGACAUACUGCAAGCGGACAGUCGAAACAACUCUCCACGUCAAGAGCCGGCUCCGGUAGCAAUGCCAAUGCUUCACCGGACCACUUCAUUUUCGGUUUUGGACAUUUUGGACCCAAAUAAAUUUACGAGCAAAAAGCCAAAUCCUAACCGGACAGGCAGCGAAUUCGCCUUCGGGACAGAGAACCGUGGAGGUGAUGACUCGAAUCAUGAUGUAGAGCAGAAGUCUUAUGCAGACGACUAUGACACAUGUCAAAAAUCUACAGGACUGAAGGAGGGGUUCAUGUGUGCCUACAGAUCCGACGAAUGCGAGAAUGAUUUCAAAAGAGGCUCCCACUCUGACAGCGAGAUGCAGGAUGACGUGUGUAGUGAGGAGAGCAGCAGCGCCCUAACUGGAAACGCGGAGGGGGAACUGGGACACCAUGAUGACGACGACCAGGCGAGCAAGAGCCCAAGAAGUCCUGGUGGACAGCAAACUCAACAGUCAGGGUCGAAUGGACAAAGUAAUCAAGGAAAGCCGAAGAGAAAGCGCUCUGGCUCCGAUUCAAAGUCGGGUAAGCCCCGAAGGGCCCGGACAGCAUUCACUUACGAACAACUUGUUGCACUGGAGAACAAAUUCAAGUCCACCCGAUACCUCUCUGUGUGUGAGAGGCUCAAUUUGGCACUGUCACUCAGUUUGACUGAAACUCAAGUCAAAAUCUGGUUCCAGAACCGACGGACCAAGUGGAAGAAACAAAACCCUGGCGCAGAUACCAGCGCCCCGACGGGCGGGGGCCAGAACGGCCAGAGCAAUGGACUAGGGAGCCUGAGUCCACUCAGCUCGUCUCCUCCCAUGAGCCAUCUGUCAAUGCACACGGGCUACCCAGGUCACGGACCAGGCGGGCUAGUCUGCACCACCCAAUUACCCUUUCUGCCAAGUCAUGCGGUACUGUCACCUUUCAUGUUAGGAUCUCAGACUUACGGAGCGCCUGCGUUUUACACUUCCCACCUGUAAAGAUAUGGAGAUACGUAUAGAGUUUUGCGCCCAAACAUCAUGUUUUCGGAGGCGUCUAAAAUUCACCGAUAUUAUCAAAAUAAUUGACUCCAAUUAGAUAUGAAUUUAAUAACCAUAUUAAACGUAUGGUUUUAGAGAACUAAAGACAUGCCCUUAACUAAAGACUUCUUAAAUGCACUUGAUGCUGUAGAUGGGAAGAACUCUGAACAUUUCAUGUUGUUUCGUCAAGGACAAGUGCUCGAAGAAAAUCAACCUUUACCAAGGAAAGAAGAUUUUGUUGUAUUUGACUUUUGAUUUCAUUUUGAUAGUAUGUGAAUACUCGGGGUCAAAAUGUACAUACAGAUGUUGACAAAUAUAUGUCUAGCUUUUAAUUUCGAAUGCAGUUCAUACAUAUUAGAGUUGAAAAAAUAGGCCUACAUGAUGUAUAUAAAUAUCGUUCAUUUACAUCUGGAAUGGCUUGACAUAUUGUAAUUACUGUGUAACUAAACUGUGAAAGUUGAAUAUGAUUAUUUUCAUAGAAGUUUUCCCUAUUCAUUUAUUAUAUAGGCCUAUAGUUAAUCUACCUGAGAAUAUUUGGCUCUAAUGAAUGCUCAUUUCAUCUGGACUCGUCUUUUAUAGUAUAAGACAAAGUAAAAUAAAACAAUAGGCUAUAAUUUACAAACGAAUAAGCUACUUUAAUACGAAUAUUAAAUAGAUUAAAUCUUCUUUUAGUCGAUUCUUUCCACCAAAUUUAAGGACAUUUUGGAACUGAACACAGUGUCUUUUCACCCUUUUUUAAUUAAACGGUUAACUCCACUUAUAAGUUUUUGGGGCAACCGAUGUUAUUAGGACCUAAGUUGCAUUUUCGUCGAAAUGAAAGCUAUAAAGCUAUGGAUCAGCCAUAGCUAAUAUCUAUAGCAUAACUUAUAAUAAUUUAAUUAAAUUACCUAUAAAUUGUCGGUUAUUGGCUAUUGUACCCGUUGCAUAAACCUAUGGUGUUCAGGUAUACAAUUUUAUUCAGCAUGUCUCUACUUCGAUUUAUUGAUUUGGGCAAUUAUUUAUAAGAAAUUUGACAACGGCUCCCUGACUCGAUUAUUGAUGAGGAAAAACAAUCACUGGUAAUUUAAACGCAAACUUGUUUCACAACAUUAUAGGCUAGACUGUCUUCUCGGACAUACGCUUUCUAAGAAGGGUUUUGACUUUAAAACAUUAAGAACAUCAUGCCACAUUCCCGAUAACCUAAUGUGCUUGUGCGUAAAACACAAUUUAGGCUAUGGAAUAUUUGAACGAAUUAAUAAUUAGAUGCCUAACAAAAUACAUUGUAUUUCAGCAACUUUUUCAAAUGUUUUUGCCGUCUGGGAUAAGGAGGUGCAUUUGAAUAGGCCUAGGGCUACUUUAAAAGUGCAAAAACUAUCCAGUCAAUCAAAUUGUAUUUGUCACAUCCGCCGAAUACAACAGGUGUAGUAGACCUUACGGUGAAAUGCUUACUUACAAGCCCUUGUUUUGAAAUGCAUGACUCAAGCAGACACUCGCUCCGUCAUAAAACAUAUGACAUUCCAGCCGCAAUGGUGCAACUUUUGCGCUAUCGAGUCAAGUUAGGUCUAUUCUAAAGUAUAGUUUUGUCGAAUUCGUGAGGACGAAAGUGACAUGGAUACAGCAUUUAUUUAUAUUAUUUUAGACCUGAUGACUACUUCGCUUCAAAUAGGAAUAGUCUGUCCUCUGUCCCUAACCAGCUCUCCAAAAUGGUGAUGAAAUGGCACAUGCCAGCCAUGAUGGAACGCGAUCCUGGAAUCGUUCUAGAAUUUCACAUGCAGGUAUGGCCAAACGCAAAAGCAUGAAACGACUUAGCCUAAUAUAGCCUGUGUAGAAAGUGCAAACAAAUGUACAGAUUGUGGAAUUAUUUAGUGCAUGGGGUGCAUUGAAAUUGGGACGCACAUACCCGACCGUUGCAGAAAGUAGGAUAGCCAAACGAAGGGUAUUUCUUGUUAUGUGCCAGUUGUUUUCAUCAAGUCCGAGUCUUGGAGCAUUAUGUUGGACAAAAUGUAAUUUUUAAAAGGUUAAUUAUGUAAAUAUUAUAUUCGACACGUUUUGCAGUCAAAUCAUUAAAUUCAUUUGUAUUUCCCAUUGCAGUGGACAGCGCACUGCGCGACAUUUGUGCAGAAAAAAUCUUACUUUCGUUUGAAUUGUUUCCUAGGCAAUAGUGUAAUUAUCAUCUUAAAUAAUAUUAACGAGAGGAUAUUGAUAUCAGUUAUUUUAUUUAAUAAUAUGACAAUUACCAUAGAUAUAUUAGUGAACGUAGACAUAAGCUAAACAAAACAUCUAAAAGAGUAAAACAAUAUCUAUGAAUUUGUAGGUUAUUAUGAUUUUUUACCAGGAAAUUCUUGUUUUUAAAUGCAUGACUCAAGCAGACACUUGCUCGGUCAUUAAAAAUAUGACAUUCCAACCGCAUGUUGAAUCCCUGGGCAACUUUCCAGUGAUGUAGGGAGCUAGAAGGGGAUUCUUAUUUUUAAACAUUUUUAUAAAGUAGAUUUUCAGAUGUUAUGUAAACAAUAAUGCAAGAAAAUUCGGCUGACAGGCCCAAAUAGAAAAAAGGCACAAAUUGGGGCUCAUCAAAUAAUAUUUGAGCAGCUGGCACCGUGGACUGAAUGAGGUAAACUUUUAUCCCAGGAAUGUUAAAUACAUUUCAAUAUUAAAGAACGACAGCUUAUGUGCAAACAAUUCGUUUAAUGUGCUCCCAAUGACUAGUAGACAGUACCUUGAUGCAAUCAAAGCUCAACAUUCACUUUUUAAUGCCUCCCACCAGACCUGCCCAAUUGGUGCCUGCCUGACCCAAAACAGCCAACUGGGCCUGAAGAUAUCCUUCCUUGCCAUCAACACUCACUAAUCCAACACAAGUACAUUCACUAUCAUCAUCAUACUACUACACAACAGAGAAAACAUAUAUAUAAAAAAAAGGAAGAUAUUUUGUCAGGUGAAUAUUAAAUUAUUCAUAUUGAUUCACAGGCUGUAUUUCUCUACCAGUCCAGAGAAGUCCGAUACAGGGCACCUAUUGGCAACCUAUAGAAGUUUCUAUAAGCCCUUACAGUGCUUUCAAACUCAGACACAGAACUGUAUGGGAGUCAAGAGCAACAUUUGUUAAGCUGCCUGUCACAACAGUUAAACAUUUGUUAAGCUGCCUGUCACAACAGUUAAACAUUUGGUUACCACUUACACAUAAUAGCAUUGAUACAUUAAGCACUCAAUGGUUGUGAUAAUUACAAAAGAGAUAUUGGAAAAAUAGUUACAGUGCAAAAAGCUGUAAAAAGAGUUCUGCCAUUGAAAAUCCCAAAGGGGGACUACAUUAAGUGUAAAUAGCUAACUGGUGACAAAGAUUGGCAAAGAUUAUUUUUUUUUUUU